CUGAGGGGGUGGUGUUUUAUUUUGAAGGCGCUUCCCGGAAGCGACGUGUCCGCCGCCGCCGUCACCCGAGCUCCGCCGUCAUGUCGCUGCGCUUCACGGACGAGAACUUCCACAGCGCCUGGAAGGAGCUGGACGAGCCGCAGCUGGAUGGAGGCUGGGAGCUCUUCACCGAGACCAUGGGGGUCCAGAUCCACAGGCUCCUCGACAAGGAAACUGGACUGUAUGAGUACAAAGUGUUUGGAGUGCUCGCCACCUGCAGCGCCGAGCUCUGCGCUGACGUCUACAUGGACUUGACGUACCGCAAACACUGGGAUAAAUAUGCUAAAGAACUUUAUGAGAAGGACUUUGAUGGAGAGACGGCGAUCUACUGGGAGGUGAAAUACCCAUUUCCCUUAUCCAACAGGGACUACGUCUACGUCAGGGAGCGCAGAGACCUGGACGUGAACGGCAGGAAGAUCUGGGUGAUCCUGGCCAGAAGCUCCCCAGAAACGGCGUGCCCAGAGAAGAGCGGCGUGCUGCGGGUUAACGACUACAAGCAGAGCGUUGCCUUGGAGAGUGACGGGGCCAAUGGAACCAGAGUUUUUAUGAACUACUUUGACAACCCUGGAGGGAUGAUACCUAAGUGGGUUAUAAACUGGGCAGCUAAGUCUGGAGUUCCAGGUUUCCUAACAGACAUGCAGAAAGCCUGCAGCAACUACAAGAACUACCUCCAGAGCACAGGAGCUUGAAUCAGUGCCAUUGCUGGUGUUGGGUUUAAAAAUAAAAUGGUGGUGGCAGGUAAAGCAUGGGGUGGAUGCAUCUUGUUUUUGGCCUGCUCUCCUGGCUGUUUUAAGUCCGUGCGCUCUCUUUAUUCAAACUAAAUCAAUCCUUUUUUAUCAAAUGCUGCCGGUCAAUCAUUCCGUUAGGAGCCUCUUCUCCCUGCAUUGUGUGGUUUACAUGCUGUCCGAUCCCGGCGCAAGGAUUGUAGAGUUUACCAUCCUGGAAUGUUUAGAUUUUUGAUUAUUCCUUUCAAUUGUCUUGAAAAUAAUAUUUUAAAACCUUUGGAUGGUUUUUGAAGACUGUUUCGUAUUCAAAAAUCCUCUUCCUCUGACUGUUUACCUCUGUAUUAAAGUCUUUUAUGGAUUCUUCUGUUCAGAGAAAGACUUUUAAUAUAUAUCAAAGCUGUAUGGAUGCAAAUAAAUUCGAUUUUAAAUAGAA